AAGAAAUCGUGUAUGUAGAAAUGUUACGAGAAGCAGGGCUUUUAUCACGGCAGGGACAUCUCGAACUCGGAAGCUAGCAUGUAAUGGAGAGCUCACUUGGCGAGUUAAUAGAAGUUCAACUCAUCUUUUAGCGCGGCACAGACCAGGUUCGCAGCUGCUUCAAAUAUUUGAGGCUUCCUGUCAUUUUCGGAGUGCUUCCAAGUUUGCUUUUCUUAUUCUGAGUAAUUUAUCGUGUGCGUAACGAGUUAUUGUGUCAUCAAGCCAGAAAAGCAACUGUACAGCAAAGAACCUAACAAAACACAAGAAAUCGACCGCGAACAAGGAGGUUGUAAAGGUACAAUUCGUUUAUUCCUCUUGAUAUUGACACGACCAAGCCGAAAAUACGACAAUCUCGCGAGCUUCGGUUACUAUUGAGUCACGUUCAGUUAAUUCAAAGCGAGAGGUAAGCCUGGAAUUUUCCAUACCCCCGAAAAAAGCUCUAUUUUCGAUAGGGUUAUCGCAACAACCAUCUGUUCCCAUCUGUUUGCUGAAGAGGAAAAGUUUAAUGCGAUGCAAAUAUGUUUAUUUGCGUUCGGCAACAGAAGACAUCCUUUCUUUUCUUGUGCGCGUUUGAAUGAUCCACCCGGCGGAAGAAGAUUUUUCAUUGAAAAUAAAACAGCUAUUAAAGGAACGGAUCUUGUAAGAGGCGGUUUGCUUUAAUGGCUCGCUAUCUCGCUUCGCCACAGGCAGAGGAGUGGUCGUUUCAGUAUUGCCACAGGGAUGAUGAAUAAUAAACUUAUCUACCGGUCGGUCUGAUAUACUUUGGUAUAAACUAUGGGAAGGCGAGCGAUCGUGGUUUAAGAGACGAGAGGUUAUCGUAGGUUUAAGAAAGGUUUAUGAUAAACUGUCUGCAUGUCACAGCUUUCUGAGGUGUUUGUGCGACAGCCUUUGGUUUAAGACACUGAAGAGGCUUUUAUGUCUUAUGACGAGAAGAUGGGUAAAAUAUUAAACUAAUAAACCUCAAUUUGGUGCGAAAAUUGCGCGUUUAUGGCAAACAAAUACCGGAAAUGGUACGUAACUCAGCCUUUGUCAAAAACUGUCAAGCUCACGUCAGGUUUAAUGAAACUCUUCAAAUGCGCAGCUUAAAUGAAUGCGAUUGUACAAAGCAAUAGAGAGAUCUUUAUCAAACCACCUCGGGGCAUUCGGACUUCUGGCAUAGUCGUUUUGCCCCUAGGAUAAGCCAAGACGGUCAUUCAAAGGCCAGACCAAUGACCAUUAAAGACAGCGCAAAAAAAACGACUCUCCGCCUUUCAGGAACGUGCGCUGAGAAAUGAUUGGUGAGGCGGCGAAAUUUAAUAAGCCUUAAUUAGUUUCCAUGGCAACGGAUAUGAAUAGGUGUCAAUCAAAUUGGGUUUCCUGCAGUAAAGCGGACCGAUCACAGAAGUCAGGUGGUAGACUCCAGUGUUGCAGUUUAGCAUUUCUAUUGUUAUUUCCACUCGUGUGUUAAGAUAAGAGAAAGUCUGCCUCCCUUAAGUAAUUUACAUGCUUUUACAGCGUAUUAAUAUCUCGGCGCGUUUGAACGAGGCCGAGCGCGGGUUUCACGGCAGAAUCAUUUGAAGCCAAGGGGAAUGUGGUAAGAGGAGAAAACACCGAUCUUACCUUGAAAGAUUAUUCAGACACAGUCAAAUACCUCGAACAACUGCAAGAAAUCAAUCUGAAAACCUUCACCGCAGAACUCGAUAGAAAAGAAACUGGAAUUUCAGAGGAGACAGCCAACAGGGCUCUGAACUCCCCUGUGCCUUUCAACAGCAUAAUGUAUGGAUCCAGAAGUGGGCUCUACGCAGGUCGAGUGUCAGGGCCAAAAUUUUCGGGCGAAACACACGAAGACCCUGUAGCGUCAAGAAUGAGAAAUUACAGUAGAAGUUAUGACUCUUUUGAUCGCGCAGAAAUAACUGGUGGCGCCGGCAAUGGAAGAAUGAUUAAUCCACCGGAGAGAAGUACUGCAGCCAUGUUUGAUUAUCAUUACACGGAUCACAAUACACAUGGUGGAAUGUCCACAUCAAGCGGUGUUAAGUUGCCAAACGUGAACACCGCGCAAAAUGGAUUUGCCACAGAAAGUGCAGCUAUGCAUUAUUCUCAAGGUGCUGGAGGUGAAUCUUUUCUUCCUUCUCCCCAGAACUGUCCACAGCCAGUAAACAUUAACCCUCUAGCUGGCUUAUCAGAGCUGGCCGAAAAGGCAAACUUUGAGUCUGAACUCGCCAGGGAUGGCGUCGCUCAGUCUCGGUUUAGCUCUCAAGGAAGUCGCGGCCAAAUAAAUCGCCCGGCUCGUCAGUACAGCUACCCAGAAGCACCGCGUACUCGCAGUUGGUCAAGUUCGGGUUCUGAUGGCGUUGGAAGUUACUUUAACGGCCGGCAACAGUCAUUUCGAGCUGACAACUUCUCGCCAUCCCUGUCAACAGGGAGUUCAGUGCUAUCUGACUCGGAUCUUGGCAGUCCAUGCCAUUCGACACGAGCACGGCAUUUCUUUCCGUACAGCGAGUCUGAUUCGGACCUUUCACCGACGGAACCGAGCCCUGGCUAUGCGUAUGAUAGAAACAGGGCAUACCAGAACUAUAAUCCGAGAUCGUUUGCGAAUUACCGGGUGUGGAGUAACCAGGCUGAAUCCAUCACUCCCAACGUCACUGUUGUACCGGAUCCGAGGAGCAAAUUAUCGCCACUGUUCAAGUCUGGAAGCCGAACGACGAAAUCCGAGCAAAUUCUCAAAGAACAUUUGCAAACAUUUGGUAAGUUUUUGUCUACGCCAGCGGACAAAGACGACGAGAAAGCUUCCCUGGCAGAGAAUGAGAAAAAAUGGAACAGCGGAGAGGAUUCAGUGAGAGAAAAGAAGCCUCCCACGAGCUCAUCAAAUGCUUUAAAGGAAUCGCUUCCCAGCGAAGAGAGCAGUGUAUUCCCUUGCAAAUGGGUUGGGUGCGAUGGACUUUAUUCAGAGCAAGAUGACUUAGUGCGGCAUAUAGAGAAAGUUCACAUCGACCAAAGAAAAGCCGAUGAUCUUUAUAUAUGUUACUGGAAGGAUUGUAGCAGGCAGCGCCGCGCUUUCAACGCCAGAUACAAAUUGGUGAUUCACAUGAGAGUACAUUCGGGUGAAAAACCCAACAAGUGUACGUUUCCAGGAUGUAAUAAAGCAUUUUCCAGGCUUGAAAAUCUGAAGAUUCACAUGCGAUCACAUACUGGUGAAAAACCAUACCUUUGCCAACACCUAGGCUGUCCUAAGGCAUUCUCAAACUCAUCUGAUCGGGCUAAACAUCAAAGAACACAUCAAGAUACGAAGCCAUAUGCCUGUCAAGUACCAGGCUGCCCCAAGAGAUACACAGACCCUAGCUCACUAAGAAAACACUUCAAACAACAUGCUAAUGGAAAGAUGCCUCAACAGAACUCAAAUGGAAAGUCUAAACAGAAACCAAGAGGAAACCGAUCAUCAAAAAGAGAUCUCCUCUGUGCUGGAGUGACAAGACCUUUACCAGAUUUUGGCUAUGUGGAUGAAUUUCAGGCCAGAAAGAGGCAGAAAACAUUGGAUACAUUGCGUCAGACAACUGAGAAAAAAAUGGCACUUGAAAGUGGUUUUGCUCAAGCACACCUGGAUGCUCAGCGAGCUUGGUAUGCAGCAGAAAGUGUUUAUGGGCAGUAUACUCCACCACCAUUGCAACCUGUUGCUAGAGCAAGCACACCAACACCAGAGGAAGAACCUGGAGCACUUCGUUUCACUCAAAUGUUAAGUAGCAUGGAGAUACCAACAUUUGAAGACACACUAAAGCCGUUAUCAAGUGCCUAUUCAUAGCCAAGAGUAAAAUUACAAGUCUGAGAUGUUUUGGGGAGACAUCAUCAAUUAACUUUAAGUAAGGCUAUGAAGCAGCUUUUUUUUUUCCUUCAAGGGAGUAACACUUCCUUCCAGGAUACUUCCUGAUGAAGUAACUUUGCAAGAAUCUGGUUUAGAAGAACUAUUGACCAGGAAACUCAGUAUAAAAGGAUAUUAUACAUGAAAUACUUGAGAUAUCAUAGGUCGGAGAAGAAAGCUAUUUUACUACAAAAACAACUUCAUUUUAUAAGGUACAUAUAUGAUGUACAAAAAAGUUAAUAAUACAUCAGCUUCACUGAUGAAAAAUCAGUUUAUUACAAAGAAAAGAGUAAAAGGUUUCUUGGAGAAUGAGUUUAUCAAAAGAAAUCCACUUUUGUAGACUGAAAAUCAUUUGUACAAUGCAAUGUGUACAACUUGACAGUUGAGUUAAGUUAGCCCUGAAAAAACUUGUAGGUCAACUAUGUACAAGUUUACAAAGUCAAUUUAUUUUUUGAAAGUUGUUCCUCCAUAUAGCCAGAUUGUGAACAGUAAAAAUUAAGUCAAGGAAAGAAAAUCAGAGUCUUAUAUUUUGAUUAAUAUGUUACUCUGGAAGUUACAGGAUAUUCUUUUAGACAUUGCCACAAUGAAAUGUGUGAAUUGGGGGUAAAUAACAUUAAUUAAACCCUUAUGGGCAUGCAAGCACCCAAUACUCAGACAGAUAAAUGGAUAGUUUUGGAAAUCUUGUACAGUCACAAUUAGAAAUAUCACUAGUAGUUUUGUGCAUCUUGAAGAGAAUCAUUUAAUAAUUUAUUGUAAUUUACUUUAGGCCUUGGGAAAAUAGAAUAAUCACAGAUUGUAGAAUAGCCCUAGAAGUUUUUAAAAUCAAGUUAUUUCCCAACCAACAAAUUUUGAAUUGUAGGCAAUUGUUUACUCUGAUUUGUAGCCAAAUUAGAUGAAAUUAGUCCUGAUUUUUUUCCAAACAACAAUAGCAAUCUGAUGUUGGAAGAUAAUUUCUCAUAGUGUGGAUUAAGUAAAAGAGCAUAUGGAACAAACUUCCAAAUGAUACCUUAAGAUAAAAAGAAUUCAGAAUGAAAAUAGCUUCAUAGGUUUCACUUUAAGAUCAACACUAGCACUAGACUGAUUAAAACUCAUUUCACUUUCUGGCCAACCCAUUAAAGACUACCACUACAAUCCUUUUUUUAGGCAUUCUUUUUAGUUCCCUUGAUAGAAGGGAUUUUAGUAUGGAGUAUGCAGUUGCAGACUGUAAAUAUCUCUUAACAGAUCACACUUUCUCAAAUGUAUUUUGUCGAUGCACAUACAGUUAACCACACAUGUAAGCCAAUAUUUUGCCAUAGUUUUGUAACAUCCACUUAUUGUUUCUAUGUUUCUCUCAGUCAUCAAAGAAACCAUGCACUUUGCAGCUAUCAUAGUAUAGUUUUGUUAUACUUCUUUUCAAGAUCCAUGUAAGAGAACAUGCGCAAUGUCAAUAGCAGGAUUUAACUUUUUAAUAAAAGAAAAAAAGAUUUUAACAA